AUCUUCAAUAUAUGAGUUAUAUUCAUAUACUAUAAUCUAAAACUUUGUGACGAUUUGUGGAAAGCUAAUUAGUAUGCAGAUUUUAUUAUUUAUACUAAUAGCGCUUUGAUGUCGUCGUCGGCGGUGAAGUCAUGGAGAACGGCGUUUCUGACUCUCAGGGACGAAAACUCGGCCUCGCCUCCUCGCGCCACCGUCGUCCGCCUCCUUGACAAAUUAAUUCUAUCCCAAUCCCACUCUCUCGUUGCUGCUGCGCCGCAGUUGCCCCCGCACGAGCUCACAUCCGACUUUAUGCUAUUGCUGGAGUUGGUUCGCGACCAUCUCUCUUAUUAUCAGCAAGGAAUUGAAGAUGCUACUCAGACCUUCGUUAAAUUAUCUGCACUGAUCCAUGGAAUAUGUCAUUCCUCUUCUCUCGAAAUGAAUUCAACAAUGUGGGCUCUUGUGUGUGACUCGUUCAAGAGGGUAGUGCAGGUUUUCCUUGGCAAUGUUGAAACAGAGAUGGCUAUUGUCAGAAAUGCUGCUCUAAUCAAACCCACCAAGGAUUUCUUAGAAAGUUUAAGGUUACUUUUCAGUUUAUAUCAGACAUCUGCUUCACCCUCUGAAAAUGGGCAACUGCUGAAUUUUGUUCUUGAAGUGGUUGAGUAUUUUCAAGGAGACUCAAAGCAUUCUACAUAUUUUAAUGACAACUAUUCAGUAUCUAGAGGUGCGUGCGAAGUCCUAACAGUUGCAUUUGCCAUGGUUGGUGAAGUAUACUCCAGAGUAGGUGCUUCUUUGCCAGUUGAAAUCUGGAAGUCAACAGUUGUGGUCCUGAGAAAGGUUAUGGACAUCUUGGCUUCUAAGAGUCUUUUGAUGGAGGAUAAUACUGUUGCCAAGUUUUAUGUUGAGCUUCUCCAGUGUCUGCACUUAGUUCUUGCAGAGCCUAGAGGAUAUCUAGCAGAACAUGUGGCUGGCUUUGUGGCAUCAUUGAGAAUCUUUUUCCGCUGUGGCCUUGUAAACAAGCCAUCCGUUAUGAAUCAACAAACUAAUCACAUGAAGGGGGUUGGGUCAACUAGCCAAAACAUCCCUUUUGAAGUAUCAAAUCAACCUAAAAGUAGGCCAAGCAGCCCUUAUAGGCCUCCACACUUACGAAAAAAGGUUGCUGGAAAUCAACAGAGUAGACAUGAGGAGAACCUAGCUUCUUCUAGACAUGAAUUUAUUUCGUCUGAUUCAGAUUGCAGUGAUAAUGAUGGAUCAGUGAUCGAUAACAGCAAAGCUUAUUUAGCCAAGGCAAGAUUAGCUGCAAUUAUUUGUGUUCAGGAUCUCAGCCGAGCUGAUCCGAAAUUGUUUACAGCCCAGUGGACAAUGCUUUUGCCAUCCAAUGAUGUGCUACAAUACAGGAAAUAUGACACUACGUUGAUGAGCUGCUUUCUUUCCGACCCUUCGUUAAAGGUCCGGAUUGCAGCUGCUUCUACUAUUAUGGCAAUGUUGGAUGGGCCUGCUUCUGUUUCCCUACAGGUAGCAGAACUUAAGGAGCACUCAAGACAUGGGUCAUUUACCACACUUUCAAGCUCUCUUGGGCAUAUCUUGAUGCAACUUCAUUCAGGUACAUUGCAUGUAAUCAAACACGAAACCAGCGAUAGAUUGCUUGCAUUGUCAUUUAAAAUCCUAAUGCUUUUGAUAGCAUCCACACCAUAUUCAAGAAUGCCUCCUGAGCUGCUCUCAAGGGUUAUCUCUUCACUCCAGUCAACAGUUGAACAGGGGUUUCCAUAUCAUAAUGAUCGGAAUAGCUUACUUGCUGCGGCAAUUAUUUGCUUAACCAGGGCUCUUUCUGUGUCUCCCUCAAUGCAUGUAAACAAUAUGCUGCUAGGAGAAAUUUCAGCAGGAUGUUUUGAAGGCCAGAGUUCUGGAGUUCUGUGUACCUUGUUUCGAUAUUCUGAACAAUUAUCAACCCCAUCAAUAAGCUUAGAAGCACUUCAGGCUCUUAAAUCUUUGUCUCAUAAUUAUCCCAAUGUAAUGACCUUAUGUUGGGAACAAAUUUCCUCAAUCAUUUAUGGAGUAUUGGAUUCCUUUCCUGAUGAGACUUCAAGACUAUGGAGAGGUAAUGUUGAGCAGAUCGCUGCACCAUUGAAGGAGAGAGUCAUUACUGCGUCUGUCAAGGUUUUGGAUGAAAGUCUUCGGGCUAUUUCUGGCUUUAAAGGAACUGAAGAUCUUUCAACUGAUAAAUCACUUGAUAGUCCAUUUAUGUCUGACUACGUGAAAACAAAGGCAAUCUCAUCAGCUCCAUCAUACAGUUUAGAGAUCCCUGUUUCAACUAUUGAUGAUUCUAAAACAUAUGUCUUAGCAAGUGAGAGGUGGUUGGAGGCAACAAUCAAGCAUGUGCCUCUCGUUAUUAAUCAUUCUUCCGCGAUGGUAAGAGCUGCAUCAGUGACCUGUUUUGCUGGAAUGACUUCUCCUGUUUUCAAUUCCCUUCCAGAGGACAAACAAGAAUACAUAAUUGUAUCUUCAAUUAAUGCUGCACUAAAUGACGAGGUUCCUUCAGUUCGGUCGGCUGCUUGCCGAGCCAUUGGUGUUAUUGGAUGUUUCCCACAAAUAUAUCAUAGAGUGGAAGUCCUGGAAAAGUUCAUUUUAGCUGCUGAGCGCAACACUCGUCAUUCACUGGUCUCUGUUCGUAUUACAGCUUCAUGGGCGCUAGCGAACAUAAGUGAUUCUCUUAGUCAUUGCUUGGAUGCACUUUAUGCUGGAAGAGGUUCAAUUGGAUCUACAAAAUAUUCGGAAUCCACAUCACUGCUAGUAGAUAGUAUGUUGCGACUGGCCAGGGACAAUGACAAGCAAGUCGCAACUAGUGUUCCCUUCUUUUGCAUGUCCCAACCAGUGAGCAGUCAAACCUUCACAAUAAAUGUGCAUAGACCACAGGUUUAUGGUGUUAUAAUUUGCUCAUUAGUGGUAAAAGCAAAUGCUGUUCGGGGUCUAGGAAAUCUUGCAAGAUCUAUCCAAUUUACAAAGCAUUUACCUGUUGAUGGAGAUCCACUGGAUUCCAUGCAUUCUAAAAUUGAAUGCCAUUGCACACAAGGAUUCAAGGAUCAUAUAAAAGAAAAGUCACAAUCAGUUCAAAGUUCCUCUGGGAGUUUUGAUUGGCUUGAUCAGAUGGUGCAGGCUUUUCUUUCUUGUGUCACAACUGGAAACGUUAAGGUUCAAUGGAACGUAUGUCAUGCAUUGAGCAAUUUAUUUCUGAACAAGUCUUUAAAGCUGCAAGACAUGGAUUGGUCCUCGUCUGUAUUCAGUAUCCUUUUGUUGCUACUUCGGGAUUCUUCAAAUUUUAAGAUAAGGAUACAAGCUGUCUCUGCCUUGGCUGUACCAGAAACUAUAAAUGAUUAUGGAAAAUCAUAUUAUGAUGUUGUAAAAAGUGUGCAGCAUGUUCUUGAGAAUUUUAAAUCAGAUCAGAUUUCUGAACCGUCUAACUUCAAAUACCGGAUUGCCCUGGAAAAGCAGUUAACUUCAACUAUGCUGCAUCUGCUGGGUCUCACUUCAAAAUGUGAUCAACAGGCUAUACAAGAUUUACUUGUCAAAAAAGCAUCAUUCCUUGAGAUUUGGAUUGAAGGCCUGUGCUCAUCUGUUGGGGAUACAAGUAGUUCCGUUGAUGAGGCAAAGCAUGCGUCUGUGGACCAGAAAAAGGAUGUUAUACGCAGAACAAUUCAGUCACUGGUUAAGGUAUAUGAGAGCAGUAAACACCAUCUCAUUGCUCAUAGAUUUGAAAAAUUGGCCAUGAGGUUGCUCUAAGUGAGAGUUGUGUAUAGGUAGCAUUUUGCUUUUUUACAUUCUCACAUUCUUGUUUUCUUAGCUCAAAUAUAUGGUGUACUCUUUUCACUUGUUUUA